CUCAUUCUAUAUCUUUGGCAAGCGGUUCAACAUCAGAAAAAUUAGGAACAUCAAAAUCCCAGGUCAGCCUGCUCAAAGAUAACGCAGUCGAUCAAACAAGACAACCAGGCGAUCAUAUAAUUAUUAUUAUUAAUAUUCUAUUAAUCAGUACAGCUCCCCAUACCAUGUUCUGUUUAUCAAACCACUGAAGACGAUUUCACCUCUUCUCCGCGCUCUCCUAAUACCAAACCAAAAGGCAAACGCAACUUCAUGUUUUCUUGAUCCUAAAUUCCACCUUUUAUUUAGAGAUUAGCAGUUCAAUCACACCUCGAAUCGAAUCUAUCGUGCCUACCCUUGUUUGAGCUCAAGACAGAUUCUGAUUCAUCAUAAUCGACUCUAGUUCAUUCGGUUUGAUGCUUGAUUUAGCAGCCCAGAACUAGGGUUUAGAGUCAAUGAAGGCCAUGGAGACUUUACAGGAUCUGAUCGAAGAAGCAAAGCUUCGUACUGUGUGGUGGGCUCUUUGUAUCUUCGCUGUCUCUUACUUCUUAGCACACACAAGUAAAUCAAUGUGGAUGAAUGUUCCUAUAGCAAUACUCAUGGUAUCGGGUUCACGAAUUUUGUUAAACGAAGUUGAAUUCCGUUGGAGGACCAGAAAGAACCGGCCACUAACAUAUUUAUCGCACUUAGAAAAGAAGCAAUUAUCUGUGAACGAUUCACGGCUUUCCACCUUGCCUCCCCCGCCUAAAUGGAAGAGGAAAGUCGAUUCUCCAAUGGUGGAGGCUGCCAUGGAGGAUUUCAUUAACAAGCUUUUGCAAGAUUUUGUUGUUGAUCUAUGGUAUUCAGAUAUCACACAAGACAAGGAAGCACCUGAGCUGAUUCGGGCAAUUAUUAUGGAUGUUCUUGCAGAAAUAUCUGCAAGAGUCAAGAACACAAAUCUUGUUGACUUGUUAACAAGGGAUGUGGUUGAUCUAGUUGGUGUCCACCUAGAGCUUUUUAGAAAAAACCAAGCUGCAAUUGGAGUAGAGGUUAUGGUAACAUUGUCUUCAGAAGAAAGAGAUGAAAGGUUGAAACAUCAUCUCAUGGCUUCUAAAGAGCUUCAUCCUGCUCUAUUAUCUCCCGAGAGUGAGUACAAGUUUUUGAAGCGGAUUAUGGGGGCUGUCUUAGCUGUAGUGCUAAAACCACGGGAAGCUCAAUCGCCUUUAGUUCGAUGCAUUUGUAGAGAGCUUUUAACAUGUUUGGUUAUGGAACCUGUAAUGAGAUUUGCAAGCCCUGGUUACAUCAAUGAGUUGCUGGAGCUUAUUUUCUUGACCUCCACUAACAAUGGAGGUGAAGAUCAAUCACCAAAUGUUAAAGAACAUAAACAAGAUCAAUCCACAAGCACAAAAAGUUCUGAUCUUUCUAAUACUCAAAAGAAUGACAUGACAAUAGCUAAACAUGAUGCAAAUAUAGAACAUCCCUUAGAUGCGUCUCUCAAUAGUGUUACUGGUUUAAAUCAAGAAAAAACAAAGAGUUUACCAGCUGCUGAUUGGGCUCGGGUUCUUGAGGCAGCAACCCAAAGAAGGACAGAGGUUCUUCAGCCUGAGAAUCUUGAAAAUAUGUGGACAAAAGGAAGAAACUACAAGAAGAAAGCUCAGAAGCAUGCUACUCGAGGGCAAAAUAGUAAUAUCAAGAAAGAUAAGCUUGAGAAUUCGAGUUCUGAAAAGUUUCCACCAAGGCCUCAUGAUGCUGAUCAAAGGAAUACUUUGAGUCUUGAUGGGGGAGCUGAAGAGAGUUCUAGUGUAAUUAAGUUUAGGAAAUCUAACAGCACAUCUGAUUUGAUCAAAGAAACCCAGAUUGAAACCGGGUAUCCAGAUCAAGUCAGUGGGUCGAUUAUCUCAGAGUUUUAUACUGCAAAUGUUGGCAAAAAAGAUGUACAUAAUAAUGUUAAUGUUGCUUCUGAUAAAGUAUUACGAAUUGAAGGAUGUGUCCCAAAGCUUAAGUGCAGGGUUCUAGGAGCUUAUUUUGAGAAACUUGGGUCAAAAUCUUUUGCUGUUUAUUCAAUUGCAGUUACAGAUGCUGAAAACAACACUUGGUUUGUUAAAAGAAGAUACAGGAAUUUUGAGAGAUUGCAUCGCCAGUUAAAGGAUAUUCCAAACUAUACUUUACAUUUGCCUCCUAAAAGGAUAUUUUCAUCAAGUACAGAAGAUGCAUUUGUUCAUCAACGUUGCAUUCAUCUUGACAAAUAUUUACAAGAACUUUUAUCAAUAGCUAAUGUUGCAGAGCAACAUGAAGUGUGGGACUUUUUGAGUAUCUCAUCAAGGAAUUAUUCUUUUGGGAAGUCUUCUUCAGUAAUGAGGACCUUAGCAGUGAAUGUGGAUGAUGCUGUGGACGAUAUUGUCCGUCAGUUUAAAGGUGUUUCAGAUGGUUUGAUUCGGAAAGUUGUGGGCCCAUCUUUCACUGUUGAACCCAUGAGCAAAAGCUUAACAUGGAAAGCAGAUGAACUCAGUAAUUCCUACUCCUACACAAGGCAAGCAACAUCGGAAUCAGCAAAUAGUCUUUCCGAUAACGAGGAGAAUGGAGUCGUUGAUUCCAUUCCCACUGCACAACCUAACGGGUGGCAUUCAGACAACGAGUUAAACACAAAAGGAUUCCCACCAAGAGUUGUCAAACAUGAUGAUCUUUUAAGAAGCUUAGAUCAUGAGAAAAGAGCUGAAAUACUCAAUCUUGCUGCAAAUUUUCCUUCAACUUCUGAUUCCAUGGAAGAUCCGCUCGGUGUUCCAGCAGAGUGGACACCACCUAAUGUGAGUGUUCCUUUGCUAAAUUUGGUGGACAAUAUAUUUCAACUUAACCGAAGAGGGUGGUUAAGACGACAAGUGUUUUGGAUAUCAAAGCAAAUUUUACAGUUGAUGAUGGAAGAUGCUAUUGAUGAUUGGCUUUUAAGGCAAAUACAUUGGCUUAGAAGAGACGACAUUGUUGCUCAUGGGAUACGUUGGAUACAAGAUGUUUUAUGGCCUGAAGGCAUAUUUUUUACUAGAUUAACUACUCAAAAUUCUUAUCAUUCUGAUCAAGAUACUCCAAAAACAGCAACUCAUUCAUCGGGCAGUAAAGUCUAUAAACAAGGGUCGUUUGAGGAGCAACUUGAGGCUGCCCGAAGGGCUAGUGAUGUCAAAAAGAUGAUUUUUAACGGAGCGCCUUCCACAUUGGUGAGCUUGAUCGGUCAUAACCAAUACAAGCGUUGUGCGAAAGACGUCUACUAUUUUCUCCAGUCUGCCGUCUGUUUGAAGCAACUUGCGUAUGGAUUACUCGAACUUGUGAUCAUAACGGUUUUCCCGGAGCUGCAUGAUAUCGUAACAGAUGCUCAUAAGAAGGAAGCAACAAGAGUGUAGAUUAUUCCAAGAUUCCACUCUUAAGUUUUCUCGGUUUUUGCCUUUCAAGUUUUGGAUAUGUUGGUUGAUGUUUAUUUUUCUCUGAUUUGGCUAUAACUGUACAAAAAGGUGUUAGUUAAUAGUUAGUAGUGUGUGCAUAGUCUUUGAAGAGUAGAUAAUAUAAAACCUAUCUAUUAUGGUUUUUAAAGUACCUUUUUGAGCUCAGUUUUGUAAUUAUAUCUGUUGCUUUCGGAGUCGUUUUGAAAUUGAAUAUUCUUCCAUUGAUGUGUGA